GUUAAAAAAUAAAUUUGAAGGUUAAAAGAGAUGUCCUUGCAUCGAGGCUCGCAACGCUUCCUCGGACCAACUCCGGGACCGCGGGAUCGCGAGGAUAAUUGUCAGAUGAAAAUAUUUCUAAUUAUUUAAUCGUCCGAACUUGUGUUAGGAAUGUAUAUUGAAUCUACACUCGGGAACGAUCCGUUCGACAGUGGCUUAGAAGUCGCGUUUGGUCGUCGAUCGUACAUCUAGAAUCUGAUGAUUCUUGGCAUGGUGGAAAUAACAAGGUGAAGCAUUCCCGAUUCUUGGAUUGAUGGUAAAUCAUCACUCCAGCAUAUUUGCCAAGCAUUCGUGACUCACCGGCGAGAAAAAAAAAGUGAACAUUUACGAUGCAUGGCAGAGUGAAGGUGCGUACGACUGCGGAACAGGAGGAGAUCAAGAAGCAGGAAAGGGCGGUUAAAGUUGCCCAGUACAAGGCUGACUUUGCCAUAGUAGCUCAAAAGAGGAAUAUAUUAGAGAUUAAGAAAUGGGGCCUUGAGUUAUUGAAUGUUACUAAGCGUAUACUGUUGAACAACUCGGACAUUUAUACACUGUGGAAUGUCCGUCGCCAAGUUUUCGAGAAUAAAAAAUGGAGCGAAGUAGAUUACAAACUACUGCUCGAGAAUGAGAUGAUCUUGACCGAGCGGUGCCUCAGAGAAAAUCCCAAGUCGUAUAGCUUGUGGCACCAAAGGUGUUGGGUGAUGGAACGGAUGCCUGAACCAGAUUGGAAGAAAGAAUUGUCAAUGUGUGCAGAAUGCCUAAACCUAGACGAAAGAAAUUUUCACUGCUGGGAUUACAGAGAGUUUGUUGUACAAAAAGCUGGGAUCUCUAACGAGGAGGAGUUCGAGUUCUCCACUACGAAAAUACUGAGUAACUUUUCAAACUACUCGUCUUGGCACUACAGAAGCCGAAUACUAACCAAAAUGUUUGGCACUACAUCCGAAGAGAUACCGAUUGUAGACGAUAGAUACAGAGAGGAGCUCGAUCUAGUUAUGAACGCAACAUUUACCGACCCCAAUGAUACUAGCGCAUGGUUCUACCAAAGAUGGCUUUUAGACAAGCCCAGGACAACUUGUAGGCUGUGGCGUGCUCAAAUUGAGAAAGAUAGAGCUACCGUUGUCAUCGAUAACAAUGUUCUAAUUCAACCAAUUUCGCUUGAAUUAUUUGUAAAUGGCGAAAUGGUUGAUUUAAUCUCAUGGCAUUUAUAUCCAGAUGAAGAGUUUGCCAAGCUACGAAUUGAAGAGUUUGCCAAAUCGUUAGAAAAUUUAGAUCAUGCCAAAGAAGUUUCUGUAAAGCUACAAGAAACAGUAUAUCAGCUUUCAUAUUCAGAGUUAAAAAGUGCAUGGAUUUACAAAGAUAAUUCAAGCUUGCACAAACAAAAUAGCAACGAUAAGCAAUUAAAUGAACAAUUGAAGUGCUACAACCAACUUUGCGAAAUGGAACCAAAUAACAAGUGGGCCUUAUUAACCGGUGUAUUACUGAUGAAGAAGAUUGAUUUCAAAAAAUUUUAUACCGACAUAUUAGAUAAUCUGUCGGCGCUGACAAAAGUCGACAGUCUUCGCAAGAAUUAUUACAAAGAUUUGCGAAGCAGCUUUUUAGUGGAGUACAAGCUACUCGAGAUAUGGAAAGAGGAAAGCGAUUUAGAAAUACAGCCAAAGAUCGAUUUGUCGGGAUUAGACUUGACGAAAUUGCACAAUAAUCAUUACUUCAGCUUCUUUGAAGAAGUGAACUUUGGUGCGAACCAACUAAAAAAUUCUUUGUAUCAGCUUUCCACAUUGCAAAGCUGCGUGAAAUUGUCACUGUCCAGUAAUGGCUUGACAUCACUGAAACAUUUUCCUACUUUAGACAAUCUCGAAGUUCUUUCUUUGAGAAAUAACAUGUUAACGAGCACCAAGGAGAUAGUCGACUUAAUAGAACUGCACACAACUUUGAGAAGACUAGAUCUACGAAAUAAUCCAGUGUGCGAAAAGAUCGAUAUAGCUGAAAUUCAAGAUAUAAGUCCUCACGUGGAAAUAUGUUUAAAAUAACAUUGGAAAAUGUACUUGAUAGAUGUUAAAACAUAUUUCAUUAUUGU